CAUCCACGACGAAACCUAUCGGUUUUCAAGUGUCCGCUAGAGAAAAAAUGUACUAAUUAUUCCCCUUCCUAGUUGCUUCCAGUUUGUGCUAUGGGAAAUGAACAGUCUCAGCUGAAAGGAGUUGAAAUUAGCAAGAAAGCGAUCCAGGUGACCGACUAUUGGUCACUGUACAAUGGCGAGCUGCCGAACCCGAACGGCGCACCAAGUAGCAGCAUAUCGAUAUUCCAAGGUGAAACCCUAGUCAGCGGGCAGUUCUGGACGAAUCAAAACCCGCUAGAACGUGCAAUCAAAAAUCUGAAAAUCUACCGCCACCCCUACAUCUUGAAGUACUUUGCAUCAUGGAGCAAGGGUUCGCUGAAAAUGUUGGCCACGGAACGCUGCCGACCGCUGGCGACGUGCCUGAACAUUACGAGCGAUGUCCAGAUAUGCCUUGGGCUGAGGAACAUACUGUGUGCACUUAUCUUCCUUCUUGAGCAGGCGGCGGUGCGCCAUCUCAGUAUCAGCAUCUCGUCCAUCUAUGUCACGGACGAUGGAGCCUGGAGGCUGGCCGGGUUCGAGCAUCUCUGGAGAACGAACGAUUUCAAUCAAACGUUGCUGGAAAAAUCCCAACCUUACCGGUACAACAAGGCGAUCGAUCCCAACGAACUCGCGAGCAAAGGUCAAUCGCUGGAACAGUUUGCGUUCGGUGUCAUGUGCGAGGAAAUACUCCACAACAAAACGGACAUCAACAUUCCCUCGGUGGAGGACUUUAAGGCUUACUGUGCGACGCACCUUAAGCAUGGCAACCCGGCGAUGCGCCCGAACCUUUCCGCCGUCCUGCUGCAUCCGAUCUUCAACCAUGACUUCAUACUCAUACAUUCCUUCCUGACCGAGCUCCCACUAAAAAACACCCAGUCGAAGCAGGAAUUCUUCAUCAGCCUGGCGGAUCGGUUGCGCUCCUUCGACCCGGAAACGGUGGCCGAACAGAUGUGCUCGUUGCUGCUGUCGCGCAUCGUGCUGCUCGACACGACCGCCCAGCUGUGCGUGACGCCGUACGUGCUGCGGCCGAAAACCGACGAUCUUUCACCGGGGCUGUUUACGCCCAAAAUCUUUUCGACAUACAUUUUGCCAAAGGUUAAACAGGUGUUCUGUGUGCAGGACGCACAGAUACGGCUUAUGCUGUUGGAGUACUUCCCGGCGUACGUGGAGUUUUUCACGAAGGAAGAUCUGCAAGAUCAUAUAUUACCUCAGCUUUUGCUCGGUAUUAAAGACACGAACGAUGUGCUGGUGGCGAAAACACUGCUCUGCUUGGCCGAUCUCGUACCCAUCCUCGGUUCGGCGCUGGUGAUCGGUGGAAAUCGUAGUAAAAUAUUCGCCGAUGGCCGACCACAGGGCAUACCGGAUGCGGCCAAUCCCUGGAGUGGGGUCCGCUCGAUAACACCGGUCAUUGGAUCGGACGAAUUUCUAUCCGGCAGUCCGGUGCCGGAUGGCGGUGGAGACAACAGCACGUCGCUUUCGUCGGUGCUGAUGGCGCAGAAUAAUUUUAACAUCAUGCCCGAACGAUUGUCACCCGAGGGAGAGGAUAUCUAUCAGACCAACUCCGAUGUGGAGAUCGAGGUGGACGAGUGGAGCGACUGGGAGAAUGAUGGCAACGAACGAACGGUAAACCACCCUCUAUCCGGCAGGGACACGAACGGUCCACAGAUCGAAGAACCUCCAAGCGCUACUGGCAACGGGAACUCGGUGGAAGCUCGUCAAACAGAAGCGCACGUUACAAGGGAAAAUUCUCUGGAAUCAAAACGAAAACCAUCCCGUGACGUGCAACCGGAGGAAAGCCUUGAACGGUUGGACAUCAAGGUGAAAAAGAUCGACCCGGCAGGGGGCGAAGAUUUCGAUUUCUUCAAAGACAUGGAACCAGUAAUCCAAAAAGCGAACGUUCUUCUCAUUGACGACGAUGACGACACGGCCAACAACGAUGAUGUCGGCGGUGGGUCACUGGAGCGAUUAAAUCCACCACAAGUGAAAUCACACACACCCGAACAGCAGGACGUCCCAGAGCAACAGAACGCACGAUCCCAGAAGGGUGCCGAUAAGGAGGAAGAGUUCCCCCUGGUAAACAGCAGUCGGUUGGAGAUUAAGGUGGACGAGAUGGAAAACACCGAGGACGGUUGGGGCGACGAGGGUAACGAGGAUUGGUGAACGAAAGUGGCUCCAAAGUGGGUCACAUAUAUGCAAGCACUAAUUAUAAGCAUUUGUGUUUUUUUUAUUUAGCUUUAGAAAAUAAAGAAAUUUUAAAGCGGUUACCACAUGGA